CUGCUUCAUUCGGCAUGCACGAACAAUAGCGCUCUGUUUGUCUUGCGCACAGGCAUGUCGCCCUCGGCGUCUUCUGCGCAGCGCGCCGCCAGAUCCGCGCGUCGAAACCGCGUUUCUCAACGCACCUGCAAUGCAUGCGUUCGAUGCCGGCGGCAGAAGAUCAAAUGCUCCGGCUCACAGCCGUGUGAGGCAUGCAAGAAACGAAACCUUGCGUGCGAGCUUGAUGAGCGAGAUCAGAAAGUCCUCGUAACCAAAGGUUUCAUCAGCGACCUCCAGGAGCAAGCUCGUCAUCGAUCGCGGGACAACCCAGUCUUCCAGCAAGACGAUGAUGAACCUGUCUUGCCAGCCACGGAUCAUCAACGAAGCCAGCUAUUGUGGCCACGUAUCGCCAGAAGAAACGAGAGACGUCGAAGGGGUACUGAUGCAAACGCUCUAGUCUCGCCAAGAAGGCCGGAGGAGGAUGAAUCCAGAGCGACAGAGUCCGCUGACGAGUCGCGUGCCUCGUUGGCGCGGCUUGAUCCGGUGGCUGCGCAGUUGAAAAACCCUCUGACGGCCGGUCAAGCAUCUUUCAUGAAAUCAAGUGAUGGCCAUGCUUUUCACCUCGGCUCUUCCUCGAAUUGGUCUUUCACAAGGAGAGUCCUGAAUAUGGCACACGAAUACGUCCACCAUAGCCCUGUGGCGCCUGAUCAUUUACUGUUUGAUGGUCAGACCUACAACUUGCCUUGGGAUGGGUCGCGCGUUUCUGUACCAUCAGACGUGCCAGUGCUUCCGAGCUUGGAUCAUGCCUUGUUCUUGAUCAACGCUGUCAAGUUCCAUUGCGCCCAGCCUUUCCACAUGUUUGACGAAGACUCCUUCAUGGAAUCAUUGUAUGCAUUCUAUGCUGACCCGGAGCCCCAAAUUGCCAGUGGCAGCUUGUUCUAUGUCCAUUUACUGUUGGUCAUGGCCUUUGGCAAAAGCGUCGGAGGACAGUCUAGUCGCCACGGCAAACCACCUGGGUGCGACUUCUUCGUCAAGGCUCUCCAGCUUCUACCAGAUGUCCACGUUUUGUGUCGGUUUCCCAUCAUAUCAGCCGAGAUCUUGUGCUGCAUUGCGCUUUACUAUCAGAGCUUGGACUUUCGCCACUGCGCACACAACUUUAUGUGGAUUGGUCAAGCGCUGCGUCUGGCGCUGAACAAUGGCAUGCAUCUCAACAUGCCCAUUGAGCAACUGGGACUCCCCCACGUCGAGCGCUGUCGUCGGAUAUUCUGGACCAUAUACGUCCUCGAUCGUGAGAUGACUUCGCUCAUGGGACUACCGCAUUCCAUCAACGACGAUGAUGUACGUGCAGAGUUGCCCAGCUUCGGGGGCUCAAUGCAACGGGUGUCGGCCCUGCGGAUGCAGAUCAAGUUGUCGCAUACGAUUGCUUCCAUUGGCCGGGAAGUGUAUGGAGUCGAUGGCCGACUGAACAAGAAUUUCCUGUCUAGCACGAGGUCAGUGCUGGCAACAUUGGCCGGGCAGGCCGACGAGCUGCGAGAGACCUUCCCCUUGCCACUCGAGAAGGGCAGCGUACAAGGCAUAUCGAGAAUUUCUGCGUAUCUUCACUCGCUGUAUCACCAGUGCAUCGUUCUAGCGACGCGCCCUCUUUUGAUAUGCUUUCAGAGAAUCCGAUGCGAGUCGCCGGAGGCGUACCCUGGCAUGAUUGAAUCCUCCGCCACAGUUGCCAACCUCAUCAAGCUCUGUGUCGAGUCUUCCCAACAGAUGAUCGGUAUUCUGGCCUGCCUUGAAGGGCAAGCGCUUCUAGAAAAGUUCCUGCCCCACGAUCUCGAGACGCUUUUUGUUGCCACGGUGAAUCUGAUCCUUGGUCCAUGGCUCGAUCCGUCACUGAGGGAAGCCUCACAGCCGUGGCUGGUGAAAGCUUAUGAGUUGUUCUCGGAGAUUACGCAGAGUGGCAAUCUGGUCGCGCGGCUGCGCUGGUCGGAGCUCCAGCAGCUGGCUGCCAUAUUAGGCGUUGCAUGGCCAUCCCAGGGCCAGCCGCCUUUUGCACCGUCGUCCAGUGAUGGGCUGCAUCUUGAAGUGAACCAAGGGACAGACUCCCCGAACCCAGCCACUGGUCUGAAUGUGCGACAAUCUGGGCCCGAGCGCGCAUGUGGCAUGGAUCCCAACGACGCCAGCAACAACGCUCUUGCUUCCCCGUCGAUGGGUCACAUGGACGAGCAGGAUCUGUGGGAAGGAGGGCUUACAGCAGAGCAGAUGCUUGACCUGGCCAACUCGAUUGGCCACACGGAGACGGAGUGGAUGCAUCAUGCUAUGACAGAACACAGCAUCUGGUGAUGUUGCGGUGACUCUGGAUGAUACUGGAGUUGUCACCAAACAUGUUUGGCGUUUACCCUUGAACCAGCGUGACAAGCUGGCAAUCGACGUGCCAAAUCAAUGGUCAUCAAUGCAUUCUUGCCGAUUGGCUUGUUGCAUCGUUCACACUGCAGUUACAUGGGUACAGUCUUGGCUCGGGUCCACCUCGACAGGAUCAUCGUCACAGGUUGGCUCCAAUGUAAAUACGAAGAUGUUGGACGGAAGCUUGCGCUCCGUCUGGCAAUACUUCGACAACCACUGUCGAGGGAAGGCCAGAGCACUGAUUCGCUAUCACUACGCGCACAAGGGCGCUUCGCAUAUGUCAGGUCGGAAAGGCCCCGAUGCCAUCCAUACCAUCUAAUGACAUGAAGUGCGAGGCCUUCUCAGGGCAACGAGGACCGUCUUCCCGCCAGCCCAUGAGAACGUUACACUAGGCUUGGUGUCUCUAAGUGA